ACAAACCCAGUGUACUCACAUGACAAGCAGGAGCAGUUUUCAGGUCUUCCCUCUUCUCUCUCUCCAGCGCUGGAAAGCUUUUCUAAUAUAACCAGGUCCUAAAGCACUUGCCCAGGCAUAAACCUUCAUUCCAGUGAUUUUUUUUUUUUUUAGCUGUUUUGUAUUGUGUCCCAUUUCCUUAUUUUCAAAUCUCCCUCUUGCUCGUUCUCUCUCCUCGACCAUCAUACGCCCCCUCAUGCUGAUUGGUUAGACGUUUGUUGUUGCACUUGGCCCGACUAACUUCCAAACUGUGUAUUUGAAAUAUCACUGAGUCCCCCUUUAAUAAACAAAACUGCUUUGCGUUAUGCGGAAUAACAUUGUACUGGGCUACUAAAAUAGUCCGAAUGUAAACGUGUAUGAACGUGUACACAUUCCCGCACACUUUUCAAAACUUUCUCUUCUCUUCUUUGCCCUCCUCUCCUCCCUCCCACAUCAGCUCUUACAGCUGAUGACUUUGCCACAUUCUUCAAACAUAAAAUAACAACCAUCAGCGGCCAAUUCUCCACACCACAUACUGACAAUAACAUCUUAACGGAAAACACACAAAUUCUCCCCUCCUUCUCUUUGCUCUCUGAGGCAGAUGUUUCCAAACUCAUCCUUUCCAAUCACCCUACUACCUGUCCGCUUGACCCUAUCCCCACUCAUCUUCUUCAGGCCAUCUCCUCCUCAAUUGUACCUGCACUCACUCACAUGAUCAAUUCUUCUCUUCACACUGGUACAUUUCCCACAGCUUUUAAGCAGGCUAGGAUUACACCACUGCUUAAAAAACCCACUCUGAAUCCAGCACUUUUAGAAAACUAUAGACCGGUAUCCCUUCUUCCAUUCAUUGCGAAGACACUUGAGAGAGUUGUGUUCAACCAACUGUCUACUUAUCUCACACAGAACAACCUCCUUGACAACAACCAGUCUGGCUUCAAGAGUGGCCACUCAACUGAGACUGCCCUGCUCUCAGUUACUGAAGCCCUGAGACUGGCACGAGCAACUUCAAAAUCAUCGGUACUCAUCUUGCUGGAUCUGUCUGCUGCUUUUGACACAGUUAACCACCAGAUCCUCCUGUCAACCCUCAGGUUGAAGGGCAUCUCAGGAACCGCACUCCAGUGGUUCGAGUCUUACUUCUCAGAUGAUCCGACAGUUGCUGGUCACAUCGCAGCCUGCCUGACAGUCAUUUCUGCCUGGAUGAAGGACCACCACCUUCAACUCAACCUUGCAAAAACGGAACUGCUUGUGGUCGGUGCCAACCCAACACUUCAUCAUAACCUUUCCAUUCAACUUGGGUCGUCAACCAUAACUCCUUCCAGGAUGGCCAGGAACCUCGGAGUGGUGAUGGAUGAUUGUUUAAGCUUCACAGAUCACAUCACUACAAUGGCCCGGUCCUGCAGAUUUGCUCUGUACAACGUUAGGAAGAUUAGACCCUUCCUAUCGGAGCUUUCCACACAAAUUCUUGUCCAAGCUCUUGUUCUAUCCAGACUGGACUAUUGUAAUGCUCUCUUGGCAGGCCUUCCAGCAUGCACUUUCAAGCCUCUACAACUGAUACAGAAUGCUGCAGCAAGACUGGUCUUUAACGAACCGAAGAGAGCGCAUGUCACACCUCUCUUCAUCAGUUUGCAUUGGCUGCCAAUUGCUGCUCGCAUCCAAUUCAAGGCUCUAAUGUUUGCCUACAGAACAUCCACUGGCUCUGCACCACUAUACCUUAACCCACUACUUCAGACUUAUGCGCCCUCCAGAAGCUUGCGUUCUGCAAGUGAACGGCGUCUUGUGGUGCCAUCCCAAAGGGGCACAAAAUCACUCUCACGGACCUCCUCCUGGUCUGUUCCUGGUUGGUGGAAUGACCUACCACGCUCUAUCCGAGCAGCUGAGUCUUUAGCCAUUUUCAAAAAACUGCUAAAGACAUAUCUUUUUCAUUAAUAUAGCACUUUUUUUUAUUUAUAUUUUACUUUUCUUUUUUCGAUUUUCUAUUCUUUCUCCAUCUAUUUGCGUAUAUAUAUAUAUAUUUAAAAAAAAAAAAAAAAAAAAAAACCCAACCUUGCUACGAGCACUUUACUGAUGAAACUGACUUGACACAGCACUUACAUACUGUUGUACUCAUGUUGAUUUGAUUGCUUCUACUAUUAUGUAAAUGCAACUUAGAUAUUUUGUACAUUCUGUACUAGUUUAAAUAAUAAUAUGUAUAUUUUUGUGUAAAUUGCAUGCUAACCAAGUCCAUGUUAAGUCAAAUCCUGAAGCUUGUUUAAUACUGUAUAGCUGUGUAUGUUCCACACUAUAAGCUAGAUGUUUAAGUUAACUUUGUACACCUAUUUAUGGUAUAUGAUACACUUGAAUGCAGCCAUUUAAAUGCAACUUUAUUGCACUUUACCAAAGUAAUGUGAAGUUAUGGUCUACGGAUACUACCUCAUAUUUGAC